GGCGGUGGCGCCGCUCCCGAUGGCGGCCCCAGGCGGGCUGGGCCGCUGCGUGGCCGCCUUCUGGCUGGCGCUAGCCUUCGACGCGGUGGGGCUGGCGGUGCUGCUGGCGGGCGUGUUCGCCGACGUGUUCUUCUCCGACCUGCUGAUCUACGCGGGCGGUAUCGGCAUCUUCCUCAGCCUGGUCUGGUGGGUGUUCUGGUACGCGGGCAACCUGGAGGUGCCGCCCGAGGAGCUGCGGGACGACGUGGGGCUGCCGGUGCCCAAGGGCCGCGGGGACACGCUGCUGCGGCGGCUGGUGAACGGCUUCAGCCUCCGCCUCACGGCCGCGCUCGCCCCCGCCCGCCCCGCCGAGCUGGAGCUGCAGCGCGCCCGGGGCCGCCGCGCCGAGCCCGGCAGGAUCUGUUGAAGAAAUUACUAAUGAAGUUACUGUCCCAAAAAGUGGGGGAAAUGCUGCAAAUUAUGGAAGGAGAUGCCCUACUCAAAACAGUAGGAUUCUCUCAUUGUGGAAUAACCUCUGCAAGCAUUGUGGACUCUCCAUGAAAUGGACACGUGGAGCCAUAUCUCUGCCAAAAGCACCUAUUUCAGUGUUGGACUGGAUAUGCUUUGAAAUGGUGAAAAAA